AGGGACACCUUAGCUGAGUUUUCCAACAGGGGAUCCAUGCAAUAGACAUCCGUGCUAAAAUGGAUUAACCGGGAUGUUGCAGAGCUGGACUCCCCCGGAUGGUACCCCUAAUUAAAGCUUAAAGGAAAGUCGCUGCAGGAUGAAAACAUGGCUGCGCCCCUUCUUGCACCGCCAGGACCCGAUAGCUUCAAAUAUUUCACCUUGGAAUCCCUGGCCAACAUCGAGAGGCGCAUUGCAGAGGAGAAAGCCAAGCCGCCGCCCAAGCCAGACAGCAGCUACCGCGACGAUGAGGACGAGAACAAGCCCAAGCCGAACCGCGACCUGGAGGCCGGCAAGAACCUGCCCUUCAUCUAUGGAGACAUCCCUAAAGGGAUGGUGGCAACGCCCCUGGAAGACCUCGACAACUUCUACAUGAACAGGAAGACGUUUAUAGUGGUAAAUAAGGGGAAAACAAUAUACCGCUUUAGUGCCACGCCGUCGCUGUACAUGAUCAGCCCUUUUAAUAUUGCUAGGAAAAUAGCUAUUAAAAUUUUGAUACAUUCAUGGUUCAGCAUGAUCAUUAUGUGUACGAUUUUGACCAACUGUGUAUUCAUGACUUUUAGUAACCCUCCAGAAUGGUCCAAACAAGUAGAGUACACAUUCACUGGGAUUUAUACUUUCGAAUCACUUGUAAAAAUCAUUGCCAGAGGUUUCUGUAUAGACGACUUCACAUUCCUUCGAGACCCAUGGAACUGGCUCGAUUUUAUGGUCAUUUCUAUGGCGUAUAUAACAGAGUUUGUAAACCUAGGCAAUGUCUCAGCUCUGCGCACGUUCAGAGUCUUGAGGGCAUUGAAAACUGUAGCGGUAAUUCCAGGCCUGAAGACCAUCGUGGGCGCUCUGAUCCAGUCGGUGAAGAAGCUGUCCGACGUGAUGAUCCUCACCGUCUUCUGCCUGAGCGUCUUUGCUCUGAUUGGCUUACAGCUCUUCAUGGGCAACCUGCGGCAGAAGUGCGUAAUCUGGCCUAUCAACGGCACCACGUACCUGUCCAAUGGCAGCAUCGGCUUCGACUGGGAUGAGUACAUCAUGAAUGACACUAAUUUCUACUUCAUCCCUGGGCAGCUUGAUGCCUUGCUGUGUGGCAACAGCUCUGACUCUGGUCAUUGUCCUGAGGGCUACACGUGUAUGAAGGCGGGUCGCAACCCCAACUACGGCUACACCAGCUUUGACUCCUUUGGCUGGGCCUUCCUCGCUCUCUUCCGUCUCAUGACUCAGGACUUCUGGGAGAACCUCUACCAGCUGACCCUGCGUGCGGCCGGUAAGACGUACAUGAUCUUCUUCGUGCUGGUGAUCUUCGUGGGCUCCUUCUACCUGGUGAACUUGAUCCUGGCUGUGGUGGCCAUGGCCUAUGAGGAGCAGAACCAGGCCACCAUGGAGGAGGCCGCCCAGAAGGAGGAGGAGUUCAGACUCAUGCUGGAGCAGCUCAAGAAAAACCAGGAGGAUGCACAGGUAGCGGCGGGCACGGUGUCUGAGGACGCGGUGGAGGAUGACGAGGAGGGCCACAUGUCCUGCAGCUCCUCCGAGAUGUCCAAGCUGAGCUCCAAGAGCGCUAAGGAGCGCCGCAACCGCAAGAAGUGGCGAGAGAAGAAGAAGGGCAGCGGAGAUGAGAAGGGCGACUCUGAGAAGUUUGUCAAGUCCGAGUCCGACGACGGCAUCAAGAAGCCCAGCCGCUUCCGUUUCCCCGACAACAGACUGGGCAGACGCACCUCCAUCAUGAACCAGUCGCUGCUCAGCAUCCCCAACUCCCCGUUCCUGUCGCGCCACAACAGCAAGAGCAGCAUCUUCAGCUUCAAGGGCCGGGGCAAGGACGCCGGCUCGGAGAACGAGUUUGCGGACGACGAGCACAGCACGGUGGAGGAGUUCGACCCGGAGCGCCGCGCCUCCCUCUUCGCCCCCAUCCACCCCUCCAGCUACGUGCACUACGGCAACUACGGCAAGCAAAACAGCACGGUGGUGGACCGCAACGGCGUGGUGUCCCUCAUCGGUUCCGGGCCCGGCCCCGGAGGACGCCUUCUGCCCGAGCCAACGACAGAGGUGGAGAUCAAGAAGAAACUCUCAGGCUCUAUCAUGGUGUCCGUGGACCAACUCAACACCUCGUUCGGACGUGAAAAGCGAGCCAACAGUGUCAUAAGCGCGGUGACCAACACACUAGUAGAGGAACUGGAGGAGUCUCAGCGGAAGUGUCCUCCAUGCUGGUACAAGUUCUCUAAUACAUUCCUGAUCUGGGAGUGCUGCCCCAUCUGGCUGACCAUAAAGAAGAUCACGCUGCUGGUCGUGAUGGACCCGUUUGUGGACCUGGCCAUCACCAUCUGCAUUGUGCUCAACACCCUCUUCAUGGCUAUGGAGCACUACCCCAUGACGCCGCAGUUCGAACACGUGCUCAGUGUGGGCAACCUGGUGUUUACAGGGAUUUUCACUGCCGAAAUGUUUGCCAAGCUGGUUGCUAUGGACCCAUACUACUACUUCCAGGAGGGCUGGAACAUCUUUGAUGGCUUCAUCGUCAGCUUGAGCUUAAUGGAGCUUGGACUGGCUAACGUGGAAGGGCUAUCUGUCUUGAGAUCAUUCCGUUUGCUGAGAGUGUUCAAGCUGGCUAAAUCAUGGCCGACCCUAAACAUGCUGAUCAAGAUCAUCGGUAACUCUGUGGGCGCCCUGGGUAACCUGACCCUCGUCUUGGCCAUCAUCGUGUUCAUCUUUGCCGUGGUGGGAAUGCAGCUCUUCGGCAAGAACUAUAAGGACUGCGUCUGCAAGAUCGCCCAGGACUGCGAGCUGCCGCGCUGGCACAUGAACGACUUCUUCCACUCCUUCCUCAUCGUGUUCCGGGUGCUGUGCGGCGAGUGGAUCGAGACCAUGUGGGACUGCAUGGAGGUGGCGGGACAGAGCAUGUGCCUGAUUGUCUUCAUGAUGGUCAUGGUCAUCGGAAACUUGGUGGUGUUGAACCUCUUCCUUGCCUUGCUGCUGAGCAGCUUCAGUGCGGACAACCUGGCGGCGACAGACGACGACGGUGAGAUGAACAACCUGCAGAUCGCGGUGAUCCGCAUCAAGGCCGGCAUCGCCUGGUCCAAGAUCAAGAUGAGAUACCUGGUGGCCGUCAUCCUUGGCAAGGUUGACGAGAGCAAGCCGCUGGACGACAUGUACGACAAGAAGCUCAACUGCAUCGCCAACCACACGGGCGUGGACAUCAACCGCGACCUGGACUACCCCAACGGCACCACCAGCGGCAUUGGCAGCAGCAUGGGCCAGUACGUGCUGAACGAGGACCACAUGUCCUUCAUCAACAACCCCAACCUCACCGUGUGCGUGCCCAUCGCCGUUGGGGAGUCCGACUUCGAGAACCUCAACACAGAGGACUUCAGCAGCGAGUCGGAGGCAGAGUGCAGCAAAGACGUGAGUGGCGUGUGUGUGUGUGUCAGUUCGUCGGAGGGCAGCACCAUAGACAUCAAGCCGGAUGUGGAGGAGGCGGUGGUGGCAGAAGUCGUGGAGGAGUACGUGGAGCCAGAUGCCUGCUGGACAGAAGGCUGCAUUGCGCGCUACAAGUGCUGUGACGUGCCCAUCACGGAGGGCUGGGGGAAGUACUGGUGGUUCCUGAGGAAGACCUGCUACCUCAUCGUGGAGCACAACUGGUUUGAGACACUCAUCAUCUUCAUGAUCCUGCUCAGCAGUGGAGCGCUGGCCUUUGAGGAUGUGUAUAUCGAGCAGAGGAAAACUAUCCGUGUCAUCCUGGAGUAUGCUGAUAAGGUCUUCACAUACAUCUUCAUCCUGGAGAUGUUACUGAAGUGGGUUGCAUACGGUUUCGUCAAGUAUUUCACCAACGCAUGGUGCUGGCUUGACUUCUUCAUCGUGGACGUGUCAAUAGUCAGCCUUAUAGCUAAUGCCAUGGGCUACUCCGAACUAGGGCCCAUUAAAUCCCUCAGGACACUAAGGGCCCUCAGGCCACUCAGAGCCUUGUCACGUUUUGAAGGGAUGAGGGUGGUAGUCAACGCUCUGGUGGGGGCCAUCCCCUCUAUCAUGAACGUGUUGCUGGUGUGCCUGAUCUUCUGGCUCAUCUUCAGUAUCAUGGGCGUCAACCUGUUCGCCGGCAAGUACUACUACUGCUACAACGCCACGUCGGAGGAGAUGUUCGAGCUGGAUGUGGUCAACAACAAGACUGAGUGCUUUGCCCUAAUCGAGGCCAACCACACGGAGGUGCGCUGGAAGAAUGUCAAGAUUAACUUUGACAACGUUGGCGCUGGAUACUUGGCUCUUCUACAAGUGGCUACAUUCAAGGGCUGGAUGGACAUCAUGUAUGCCGCUGUGGACUCAAGAAAGGUUGAGGACCAGCCUCUGUAUGAGGACAACAUCUACAUGUACAUCUACUUCGUCAUCUUCAUUAUCUUCGGCUCCUUCUUCACUCUAAACCUUUUCAUUGGUGUCAUCAUUGACAACUUCAACCAGCAGAAGAAAAAGUUUGGGGGUCAGGAUAUCUUCAUGACAGAAGAACAGAAGAAGUACUACAACGCCAUGAAGAAGUUGGGCUCUAAGAAACCUCAGAAGCCCAUCCCCCGACCACAGAACAAGGUCCAGGGCAUGGUGUUUGACUUUGUGACGCAGCAGGUGUUUGACAUCUCUAUUAUGAUCCUGAUCUGCCUGAACAUGGUGACCAUGAUGGUGGAGACAGACGAUCAGUCUCCGGAGACUGAGAACAUCCUCUACUGGGUCAACUUCAUCUUCAUCGUGGUCUUCACCUCCGAAUUCGUGCUAAAGCUCUUCGCCCUCAGGCAUUACUACUUCACCAACGGAUGGAAUGUCUUUGACUGCGUCGUGGUGAUUCUGUCCAUCGUGGGCAUGUUCUUGGCCGACCUGAUUGAGAAGUACUUUGUGUCGCCCACGCUGUUCCGUGUUAUCCGAUUGGCUCGUAUCGGCCGUAUCUUGCGUCUGAUCAAAGGUGCCAAGGGCAUCCGGACACUGCUGUUCGCCCUUAUGAUGUCACUUCCUGCUCUCUUCAAUAUCGGGCUUCUCCUCUUCCUGGUCAUGUUCAUCUUCUCCAUCUUUGGCAUGUCCAACUUUGCCUACGUGAAGCGGGAGGUGGGCAUCGACGACAUGUACAACUUUGAGACCUUCGGCAACAGCAUGAUCUGCCUGUUCAUGAUCACCACUUCAGCCGGGUGGGAUGGCCUGCUGGCGCCAAUCCUCAACUACCCGCCCGACUGUGACCCAACUCUGGAGAACCCCGGCACCACGGUGAAGGGCAACUGCGGCAACCCGUCAGUGGGCAUCUUCUUCUUCGUCAUGUACAUCAUCGUGUCCUUCCUCAUCGUGGUCAACAUGUACAUUGCUAUCAUCCUGGAGAACUUUAGCGUGGCUACGGAGGAGAGCGCUGACCCGUUGUGCGAGGACGACUUUGAGUCCUUCUACGAGAUCUGGGAGAAGUUUGACCCCACCGCCUCGCAGUUUAUCACCUUCGCCAAGCUGGGCGACUUUGCCGACACGCUGGAGCACCCGUUGCGCGUGCCCAAGCCCAACACCAUCGAGCUGAUCGCCAUGGACCUGCCAAUGGUCAGCGGCGACCGCAUCCACUGCCUCGACAUCCUGUUUGCCUUCACCAAGCGCGUGCUGGGCGACAGCGGCGACCUGGACAUGAUGCGGCAGCAGAUGGAGGAGCGUUUCAUCGCGGCCAACCCGUCCAAGAUUUCGUUCGAGCCCAUCACCACCACGCUGCGCCGCAAGCAGGAGCACGUGUCGGCCUCCAUCAUCCAGCGCGCCUACCGCGCCUACCUCAUACGCCGCGGCUUCAUCUGCAAGCGUAUCCUGGGGAUGAACAAGCUGGAGAACGGCGGGACCAAUCAGGAGAAGGAAAAGGAGGGCACGCCCUCUACCGCCUCGCUGCCCUCCUACGACAGCGUGACCAAACCCGACAAGGAGAAGAUGGACGACAGCGAGAGCAUCGGGAAGAAGGAGAGGGGCAAAAACCAAAAAGACGUCAGGGAAUCUAAGUGUUAGGGAAACUUUGCGCUAAGGAUGGACACCAGCGCUUUUUAUUUUGGGCUUCAAUACACAGCAAAUGACACUUGUUGUUGAGACAAGACUCUGUAUUCGAAAUCCAACAAAUGUACAAACAUCCAUCGAUGACAAAAAAGGAGAAAAAAAAUCAAUUUGCAAGGAAAACAGAAAAAAAUGUGUUUAAAAAAGGUUUGUUUACAGACUUGUUGCUGAUGUUUCGAUGCAGGGGGAGCAGCUUGGUCUUAUGACCACUCUGAAGACGACCAAACACGAUGAGCUUUCUGUGUUUCAUCUGUGAUUACCGACCAAGAUUUUAAAAUAACUUUUACGCAACGCUACGUCUAUCAAACAUGGCGGACUUGAACUUACAAGGUGGUCCACAUUGCCAAAUCCUCGUGGAUUCACAUGGGACCACCUGCCAUCUGGACAUAAACGUAUACAAAAAAGAUGGCGCCAUUUCAAUGAAAGCUUCUUCUCCACUGCCAUGUGUGGAUCCCAGCAUUGCUCAUUACCAAUGGGCGACACAAGGACUCAGCACAGAUGCUGGAUUGUAGGGAACCUCCGGCUCCCAUGCUGGGGGGUUUCCAUGACAUCACGUCUUUUAAUUGUAGAUGAAAAAUGAUGAAUCAACAGUUGGGAGAACAGAAAAAAACCUGCAACAUUAUGCAACAUUAUGCAGGUUUUUUUUUCCUAUUUGUUUUUGUUGGCUGAAUAUACUUGCAUCUUUACAUUAUUUGAGCUGCAAAAAAAGAA